AGGCGCCCCGCUGCCACUCGGCGGCGCUUGUCCGGCGGAACGCCGCGGCGUCCGAGGACAGGGAAACCCUGCCCUCGGAGAGCGCCGACUCCUCCGCGGCCUCUUGACACAGCGGUCUCUUCACCCACGAGGCCCCGACCCGGGGCUGACGGGCUCGUGACUGUCCUGCCAAUCAGAUACGUUUUUCUCCGGAUGGCCAGCUGACCAAUCACCGCGCGCGGGUGUCUUCUUCGGCUCUUCGGCCCUUCGGCCCUUCGGUUCGCCGGCGUUCGCUGUUGCUGGGCCCUCCCCGGCCUUCCGCACCGCUCUAAAGCUUAGUUCUCCUUGUUUAAUUUCCUCUUUUUUCUCAGACACUUCCGGGUCCUGCGUCGCUCCGGAAGCCCGCGAGUUCCGGAAGCCUGGGUAAUCCAGGUUCUGCUAGGAGAAGUCAGGCUUCCCAGAGAAUGUUUCAGAAAAAGUUACGUGGAACGGGGGCGUUUCUCAGACUCGUAAGAGCUCUUCCUUCUUAACUGCCUGUCAAUAAGGCCUACUGAAUCAGAAACUCUGGAACUGAGACACUGUAGUCUAAGAAGUACAAGCGAUCAUGAUAAACGCUCAAGUGUGGAAACCACUAGCAGAGAAGAACAGUGAGACUACAGGACUGAUGUGAAGACCACAGUAUAGGAAGAUUGGAAACCCACAGAUGUGUGUGAUGGACCUUCAGAGAAGACAUGGCUUCCAGAGAAGAGAAGACAAAGAGGACAAACAGAGUGCUACGAAUAAGUCAGUUGGAUGCACUUGAACUAAACAAGGCCGUGGAGCAGCUGGUCUGGGCCCAGUUCACUCAGUGCUUUCAUGGAUUUAAGCCAGGGCUGUUGGCCCACUUCGAACCAGAGGCGAAAGCAGUCCUGUGGCUCUUCUUGUGGCGCUUCACCAUCUACUCGAGAAAUGCCACCGUGGGACAGUCCGUUUUGAAUAUCCAGUACAAAAACGACUUUUCCCCGAAGCAGAGGUACCAGCCACCGAGCAAGCAUCAGAAGCUGUGGUAUGCUGUGUGUACAAUCGGUGGCACGUGGCUGGAGGAGCGCUGCUACGACCUCUUUCGAAACCGUCAUCUGGCGUCAUUUGGGAAAGCCAGGCAGUGUGUGAACGUCGUGGUUGGACUUUUGAAAUUAGGUGGGCUGAUUAACUUCCUGAUUUUCCUUCAGAGGGGCAAGUUUGCAACCUUGACAGAACGUCUCCUAGGCAUCCGUUCUGCAUUUUGCAAGCCCCAGAGCGUGCGUGAAGUUGGCUUUGAGUAUAUGAAUAGGGAACUUCUCUGGCAUGGUUUUGCUGAGUUUCUGAUUUUUCUCUUACCACUUAUUAAUAUGCAGAAGUUGAAAGCUAAGUUAUCCUCAUGGCGUAUUCCUCUGAUUGGUGCUCCUAACGGUGACAGUACCUUAGCCACCAGCGGCAAACAGUGUUCUCUGUGUGGAGAGUGGCCCACCAUGCCUCACACCAUAGGAUGUGAGCAUAUCUUCUGUUACUACUGUGUUAAGAGUAGUCUCUUAUUUGACAUGUCCUUUACAUGCCCUAAGUGUGGCACAGAGGUACACAGUCUGCAGCCACUGAAGUCGGGAAUCGAGAUGUCAGAAGUGAAUGCUCUUUAGAAACUAAGACUGUGUCCUCUGAGGAAAACUGUAUUGUGUUUAAGUCCUUAGUAUUAGUCAUGCUAAGCAUACCGUUUAGGUGUUUUUUUUCUGAGGGGAGGUGCUUCUCUGCCACUGUCUUCUGUUCCUUUCCAGGCAUGACUAAAUUCUAAUCACUAGAAACCACAUGAUUCUAAAUACAUUAUGUAAACAAUAAUGUACUACUUUCUCUAAAUCAUUGCAUUCAAUUUUUAGUGUUGAGAGGAGUGGACAGUUUUUGUCAGUAUCCUAAAAAUGCUCUUUCAUUUUGCUACUUCCUGGAAAGAGGUUAGAUUCUAAAACAAUUUUGGAGACUCUGGGGUGAGUGUGUAUUUAUUUUCAGAGAUGGAGUUGUAACAUCAUAAUCUGACAUUGAUAAAGCCCUGUUGUUUUAAACCUUAGGAUCUGAUGCCCCAGUUGUAAUUUUAAGCUUUUCUCUAAAACCCAAUUGUAGGGGGUUCGCUUGGCUUCAUUCGCAGGCAAAAUGAAGGCCACCAGAAGCUCUAGGCUGAUGUUCUGCCAACUUUGUGAUCCGCCUGAAGUGAGGGCUUCCUGCCUAAUAGUUCUAGCUAAAUCUAGGACUCACUGUCAUUGGUCUGCCUGGGACUAUGUCCACAUUUGUGAACCAGGAUAGAAAACUACUACUCUUGAUUACUCAGAUGUGGGUGACAUCCUCACGUGUGUCACAUGGACCCGUAGUAGGAGAGUAGGCAGUUCACCACAGGAAACUGAAGUGGCUUUGAAAGAAUAGUGGACAUGGGGUAGGUAAAAACAACAGAUCCCUAUUAGAGUUUACAUUUGCCUUUUUUACCAAAAGUCUGCAUGCAGUUUUUAAUUUUACCGGUGAUCUAAGUUGAUGAGGACAUAACUGAAUGAUUAACUUACUAGAUUGCAGAUUUGAAAGGAUUAAAUAAAUAAAGUCAACACAUUUUGUUAUAAUAACAA